AUGGAUAACAUUGUAUUAAAGCUAACUAGUUUAUACACCUUGGUUCUUUUACUUUUUCUAUAUUAUAACCCUGUUGUUUCUUCUAGACAUAGGCAACAUAGGAGGGGUGAGAGGAAACUGAGCACUGGUCAUAAUGUUGAUCUUGUGACUAAUUUGCCUGGCCAACCUCAUGUAGAUUUCCAGCACUAUGCUGGCUAUGUCACAGUCAAUGAAACCAAUGGAAGAGCACUCUUUUACUGGUUCUAUGAGGCUAUCACCAAGCCAGAAGAGAAACCAUUGGUGCUUUGGCUUAAUGGAGGUCCUGGGUGCUCUUCUGUGGGAUAUGGAGCAACACAGGAGAUUGGUCCUUUUUUAGUGGACACUGAUGGCCAAGGCCUCAAAUUUAAUAACUUCUCAUGGAACAGAGAAGCCAACAUGUUAUUCCUGGAAUCUCCUGUUGGAGUUGGCUUUUCCUAUUCAAAUGUAACCAGUGAUUAUGAACAAUUAGGAGAUGACUUCACAGCUAAUGAUGCUUACACUUUUCUACAAAAUUGGCUCCUCAAGUUUCCAUCAUAUAGAACAAGGACAUUUUACAUAGCAGGGGAGAGCUAUGCAGGAAAGUAUGUGCCAGAGCUGGCUGAACUCAUUCAUGAUAGGAACAAUGACCCCUCCCUUUAUAUUGAUCUCAAGGGUAUUUUGCUUGGUAACCCUGAAACAUCUGAUGCUGAAGAUUGGAUUGGUCUGGUUGAUUAUGCUUGGAGCCAUGCUGUGAUAUCUGAUGAGACUCACCAAAUAAUCAAAACAAGUUGUGACUUUAACAGCAGUGAUCCAUGGCGCAAUGAAGAUUGUAGUCAAGCUGUGGAUGAAGUACUUAAACAGUACAAUGAAAUUGAUAUCUACAGCCUCUACACCUCUGUUUGCUUUGCCAGUACAGCACGUUCAAAUGGUCAACCCAUGCAAACUUCAAUGAAUAAGCGUUCAUCUAAAAUGAUGCCUAGGAUAAUGGGUGGGUAUGACCCAUGCCUGGAUGACUAUGCUAAAGCCUUUUAUAAUAGACCAGAUGUUCAGAAGGCCCUCCAUGCCAGCGAUGGUUACAAUCUCAAGAAUUGGAGUAUUUGCAACAACAAGAUAUUCAACAAUUGGGCAGAUUCAAAACCAUCUGUUAUCCCAAUUUACAAGAAGCUUAUUUCAGCAGGACUUAGAAUUUGGGUUUACAGUGGAGACACAGAUGGUAGAGUACCAGUGCUUUCCACAAGGUACAGCUUAAGUUCUCUAGCUUUGCCUGUUACAAAGCCAUGGAGACCUUGGUACCAUGAAAAUGAGGUUAGCGGUUGGGUUGAAGAAUAUCAGGGGCUAACAUUUGCAACAUUUCGAGGAGCUGGUCAUGCAGUUCCAUGUUUUAAACCAAGCAACUCACUUGCGUUCUUCUCUUCCUUUCUCAGUGGAGACUCACCACCUUCAACAAAAUAA